UGUAGCCAGGGUUGUUGGUUUGCAGCGCAUGGGAAUGGGGGGUGCUCGAUGCAGCUCAGGUAGUAUAGGAAUGAAGUUCACGUUUGUCUUGGCUCUGAGCUGUAGCGCGCUGUUCGCUGCAUCCUAUGCACAGUACGAUGAAAAUGAGGACGUGGGCAGAGGGAGAAAAAGAGCUCCUGACGUAGUGAGAAACAUCAUGAGCGUAAUCCGCACACUUGCGGAUUUGCUGGUGCCAGAACCCGAUAUGCGGGAGAAUCUCCACGAACACUUGGAGACGGCCACAACCUGCGUGAGGAAAGCUGAAGGCCUACAGCUGCACUUCAUCCGCCAGUUCAUUGCUGGGAUUCCCAGAGCACUCGACUGCGUUGACCUGGUAUUCUCUGCAACGAACAAAAAACAGCGACACAAGGCAGCGCAUUGCUUCGUCAGGAAAAUAAUCCAUUUCCAGAAAGAAACGCGAUUACCGAUGGAUCAAGUAAGGAAAGUCGCCGACGCCAUUGAGUGCCUGAAAGCACGCUUCCUGACGUGAGCUGCUUCAAACGUGACGGGCUGUGGUGCAUUCAAGCUGCACCAUUCACCAGCAAUCAGUCGACAAAGAGAGCUCUGUAAGCAGGAUAGAGAGGCCGACUGAAGAAGUUCAAAAAAAAAAGAAAAAAAAGAGAAUAAAGCACAGAAAAAACUCGUUUAAAUACCAAGGCAACGGUAUAAUGGGAAGGGCACUUUGACACGGCUCCAUUCGCGUCAUUUUUUUUUCUGGUGUUUUUAAGUGCUUCAAUAAACUCAUGUUUCGCUA